AUGAAGCGAUAUUACGAGUACUCACCAUUUUGUCUCUUAUUUUCAAAUACUUUAUGCAUAAAGAAGUGCAAUGAUGGUGAUGGUGUAGGCGAGGGUGUAGGAGGAGAAGAGGAGGAAGAUGUCCUAUGUUGGGAAAAGGAGGUUUGUAGACGAGUUAUGUUAAUGGCACAUCGAAAAUCAUUCAUCACAAUUGUCAGUUAUCAAAUGAAAUUGUGCUCGAACAGUUCACCCCAUGACCAAAUUGAUGCUGAGGAUGGGUCGACGCUUGCUUGA